AUGGGUUUGCCUACCCCGCCCGGCCCUGCCCAGACCCCGCCCGGCCCUGCCCAGACCCCGCCCGGCCCUGCCCAGACCCCGCCCUGCCCAGGCCCUGCCCAGACCCGGCCCGGCCCAGACCCGGCCCGGCCCGCCCCAGACCCCGCCCGGCCCUGCCCAGACCCCGCCCUGCCCAGAGCCCGGCCCUGCCAGACCCCGUGCCUGUUUGGUUCGUGCUCUAACACGGUCGGCAGUUUCCAGUGUCUCUGUCCCCAGGGCUUCAUCCUGUCUGAGAACGGCCGGCGCUGCUUCGACACACGGCAGAGCUUCUGCUUCACUCGCUUUGACAACGGCAUAUGUUCGGUGCCCAAAGCGUUCAACACCACUAAGGCUCGCUGCUGCUGCAGUAAGAUGGCCGGCGAGGGCUGGGGAGACCCCUGUGAGCUGUGUCCGCAGGAAGGAGAAGUGGCGUUCCGGGAGCUCUGUCCAUAUGGACACGGUGCCAUCCCCAACAUCGGAGACACGAGGGAAGACAUGAACGAGUGUCUGGAGAACCCCGGCAUCUGCGUCAACGGCCACUGCAUCAACACUGACGGCUCCUUCCGCUGCGAGUGCCCCUUUGGGUACAAACUGGAUUACACUGGAGUCAACUGUGUGGACACUGAUGAGUGUAACAUCGGAAAUCCGUGUGGAAAUGGAACCUGCAGCAACGUGAUCGGUGGCUUCGAGUGCGCCUGUGACGAGGGCUUUGAACCAGGACCAAUGAUGACUUGUGAAGACAUUAAUGAGUGUGUGCUGAACCCACUGCUCUGCGCUUUUCGCUGCAUCAACACCUACGGUUCGUACGAGUGCACCUGUCCCAACGGCUACAGCCUCCGCGAGGACCACAAGAUGUGCAAAGACCGGGAUGAGUGUGUGGAGGGUCUCAGUGACUGUGAGACUCGGGGAAUGAUGUGCAAGAACUUGAUCGGCACCUUCAUGUGUAUCUGUCAGCCCGGGAUGGUCCGCCGGCCUGACAGCGACGGCUGCAUGGACGAGAACGAAUGUCGCACUAAACCCGGGAUCUGCCAGAACGGCCGCUGCCUGAACACCGCGGGCAGUUACCGGUGCGUGUGUAGCGAAGGCUUCCUGGAGAGUCCGUCAGAGACUGAGUGUCUGGAUAACCGUCAGGGCUUCUGCUUCAUCGAGGUGCUGCACACCAUGUGCCAAAUGGCCUCCACCAGCCGCAACCUGGUCACCAAGUCCGAGUGCUGCUGUAACGGAGGGCGAGGCUGGGGCAGUGGGUGUGAGCUGUGCCCGCUGCCUGGCACUACCCAGCAUAAGAAAAUGUGUCCACACGGCAAUGGUUACUCCACUGAUGGCAGAGAUAUCGACGAGUGCAGGAUUAUUCCGAACCUGUGUCAGAACGGCCAGUGUAUCAACACCGUCGGCUCCUUCCGCUGUUUCUGUGAUAUCGGCUACACCACAGAUCUGACCGCCACUUCCUGUAUCGAUCUCGACGAGUGCACACAAUCGCCCAAACCGUGUAACUUUAUCUGCAAGAACACUGAGGGCAGUUACUUGUGCUCCUGCCCACGAGGCUACAUCCUGCAGGAGGACGGCAAGACAUGCAAAGACCUGGACGAAUGCUCAACCAAGCAGCACAAUUGCCAGUUCCUGUGUGUGAACACCAUCGGAGGGUUCACCUGCAAGUGCCCACCCGGCUUCACCCAGCACCAAACCUCCUGCAUCGACAACAAUGAGUGUGUGGGACAAGCCACCAUUUGUGGGCAGAAGGGAAUGUGUCACAACACCCCGGGCAGCUUCACCUGCGACUGUCAGAAAGGCUUCUCCCUGGACACCAGUGGCCUCGACUGUGAAGAUGUUGAUGAGUGUGGGGGAAACCACCGUUGUCAACACGGGUGUCAGAACACUCUGGGCGGCUACCGCUGUGGCUGCCCCCAGGGCUACAUGCAGCAUUACCAGUGGAACCAGUGUGUCGACGAGAACGAGUGCAGCAAUCCCAGCGCCUGUGGAGCAGCGUCCUGUUACAACACGCUGGGCAGUUACCGUUGUAUGUGUCCAUCCGGCUUCGACUUUGACCAGUUUGCCGGCGACUGCCAGGAUGUGAACGAGUGCUUGGCCACAGGGAACCCCUGCUCAUACGGCUGCUCCAACACAGACGGCGGGUAUCUGUGCGGCUGCCCCGGGGGGUAUUACCGAGUCGGUCAGGGCCACUGUGUGUCCUCGAUGGGCUUUCACCCCGGCCAGUACCAGUCACAGCCAGAGGAGGGCGACAACGAGCACCUGCUCUCCCCCGAGACCUGCUAUGAAUGUAAAAUCAAUGGUUAUCCCAAGCAAAGCCGUCAGCGCCGGAAUGCCAACCACACUCAACCUCAGGAUCACAGGGUCAGCCUGGCUAGUUGGGACAUUGACGCACCAAUCUCAUUGAAUGUGAGCAUCUCUGAGCUGGACAACAAAGACCAUAUCAUGGAGUUUUUACCGGCCAUUGAACCUCUGGAGAACCAUGUACGUUAUGUCAUCACCAGCGGGAAUGAGAACAACAACUUCCGAAUUCACCAGAAGAACGGACUGAGUUACCUGCACCUGAGCAGGAAGAAGGUGUCUGCCGGGAGGUAUGCCCUGGAGGUCACCAGCCUGCCGCUGUACAAGAAGAAGCAACUUCUCAGAAUGGAAGAGGAGAAUGAUGUUGACUACCUCACAGGCGACAUCGGGGAGGUUCUGCGGCUCAAGCUUCAAAUUCAACUCCUCUAACCCUCCACCAUCAUCUCGUCUGCCACCAUUGUCACCAGCAGCUCCCAGCGUCCACCCCACUUGGUGAUGGCAGUGGCUCAGCAACAACAAUACGGAUCUUCAUUUCUGAAACAUUCCCCUUCACACUCCAGCCUCGUACAGCAGGCCUGCGGGUAAACACUCGGGCCUUUGAUAGAUAACCACUGGGCCAGCGGCAAAAUACCCAGGCUGUUGAGUAAAUACCCAGGCUGUGGGCCCAGUUAAUAUCAAAACAAUUCUCGAACAGUACCAGGUUAGAAACCUCUGCCCCACAGAGGUUAAUGAUGGGUUGAAGCUGCUUUGGACCAAAAUGGACUGCAGGGGUGCGAGGGAGGAACGGAGUGGAUAUAUACUUUGGGUAUUUUCUGUGGCAGAAUCAUUAGACAGAAACGGUGCUUGUCGGACUGGAAGGAAGGAAUUCCCGCUGUGUGGGGAGCAAUAGUUUGGCUGUUUGGCUUCUCACAACAGCUGGAACCAUGGUAGCUGCCGUGCAUUCAGUGGGUGUUUUGUAUCCAGUGCAUUUUGUGCUCCUCUGGUGAACGGGCACUGGUGACAAACCACUGGUUACAAAACACUGACCUAAUAGACAGCAGCUUUGCAUUGAAGUCCUUUGUAUAUCGUUGAGAGAUUUGUGUGUUAGUUCAUGCAGUGUGCUGAACACAGGCUGACCUUACUUACCUCAACCAACCAACCAAAUACCUUGCAGCCAAUGGUUUGUGAAAGGUGAAUGUGUAAGCCUUGCCCCCAUCUCCCCUCCUCUUCUCUUUCGGAUGCCUGUUGAGUGUCGACCCCCCCACCUGCCCCAACUGGCUGAGAAUCAACGAGGAGAUCACUUGCUGGAGAGAAAUCCCACCUCAUGAUAAUAAUAAUCCUUGCAUUUGAUAUAGAAUCAUAGAAUAUUACAA